AACCGGUUAUGAGUUUGUUGCUUGAGAGGAGAACAGGCGCAGGCUCACAGUCUCUCAAACCGCCCGCUGCAAAAUUUAUCUCAGUAAAGAUAUAAUUUAUAAAUUAAGCUUUAUUUUAUUUCGUAAAAUGCAUCGGAGUACGAAGUUACUCAGCUUGCCGUGAUUAUUGGUGCGAAUUCCACAUCAGUGGUCAUCACCAUCCAACAACUAACGUUAUCAUAGCUAUAGUGGAACAGGGGCUGUCUAACGUUAGGGGAUAGACAGCCUUUUUUUAGCUGUAGCUAGGUAGCUCAUGCUAGCAAACUAGCAAGUAUCAAGCAACUGGAAUACUGAAGCUAGACAGCUUUUGUAAGUUCGUGGCGUAAAAGCCAUCCCUCUUUCAGGCAAAGGCUUGGAUUUUUGAGCUCUAUGCCAGCAAUUAUGACAAUGUUAGCCGACCAUGCAGCGCGACAGCUGCUGGACUUCAACCAGAAACUGGAUAUUAACCUGCUGGAUAAUGUUGUGAAUUGUCUCUACCACGGUGUGGGACCCCAGCAAAGAAUGGCACAGGAGGUGUUGACCCAUUUGAAAGAACAUCCGGAUGCCUGGACCAGAGUAGACACCAUCUUGGAGUUCUCGCAGAACAUGAACACCAAAUACUAUGCCCUGCAGAUUCUGGAAACGGUUAUAAAAACAAGAUGGAAGAUUUUACCACGAAACCAGUGUGAAGGAAUCAAAAAGUAUGUUGUCGGUCUGAUAAUCAAGACGUCAUCUGACGCAACAAGUGUUGAGAAAGAGAAGGUAUACAUAGGAAAGCUGAAUAUGAUCCUGGUGCAGAUCCUUAAGCAGGAGUGGCCUAAGCAUUGGCCCACCUUCAUCAGUGACAUAGUGGGCGCCAGCCGCACCAGCGAGAGCCUGUGCCAGAACAACAUGGUCAUCCUGAAGCUGCUGAGCGAGGAGGUGUUCGACUUCUCCAGCGGACAGAUGACCCAGGUCAAAGCCAAGCACCUUAAAGACAGCAUGUGUAAUGAAUUCUCCCAGAUUUUCCAGCUCUGCCAGUUUGUCAUGGAAAACUCCCAGAAUGCCCCACUGGUCCACGCCACGUUAGAAACGUUGCUUCGGUUUCUCAACUGGAUACCACUUGGCUACAUAUUUGAAACCAAGCUCAUCAGCACGCUUGUAUAUAAGUUCCUAAACGUGCCCAUGUUCCGCAACGUGACGCUGAAGUGCCUGACGGAGAUCGCCGGUGUGAGCGUGAGUCAGUAUGAGGAGCAGUUUGUCACACUGUUCACACUCACGAUGAUGCAGCUCAAACAGAUGCUUCCUCUGAACACCAACAUCCGCCUGGCUUACGCCAACGGCAAGGACGACGAGCAGAACUUCAUCCAGAACCUGAGCCUGUUCCUCUGCACCUUCCUCAAGGAGCACGGCCAGCUCAUCGAGAAGAGGCUCAACCUGCGGGAGACCCUCAUGGAGGCUCUGCACUACAUGCUGCUGGUGUCUGAGGUGGAGGAGACGGAAAUCUUCAAGAUCUGCCUGGAGUACUGGAACCACCUGGCGGCCGAGCUGUACCGCGAGAGCCCCUUCUCUACCUCCACCUCGCCGCUCCUGUCAGGCAGCCAGCACUUCGACGUGCCCCCCAGGAGGCAGCUCUACCUGCCCGUCCUCUCCAAGGUGCGAAUGCUGAUGGUGAGCCGCAUGGCCAAGCCUGAGGAGGUGCUGGUGGUGGAGAACGACCAGGGCGAGGUGGUGCGGGAGUUCAUGAAGGACACGGACUCCAUCAACCUCUACAAGAACAUGCGGGAGACGCUUGUCUACCUGACUCACUUGGACUACGCAGACACGGAGCGCAUCAUGACCGAGAAGCUGCACAACCAGGUGAACGGGACGGAGUGGUCCUGGAAGAACCUGAACACGCUCUGCUGGGCCAUAGGCUCCAUCAGUGGAGCCAUGCACGAGGAGGACGAGAAGAGGUUCCUGGUCACUGUGAUCAAGGACCUCCUGGGACUAUGUGAGCAGAAGAGGGGGAAAGACAACAAAGCCAUCAUCGCCUCCAACAUCAUGUACAUCGUGGGUCAGUACCCACGGUUCCUGCGUGCCCACUGGAAGUUUCUCAAGACUGUUGUCAACAAGCUGUUCGAGUUCAUGCACGAGACCCACGAUGGCGUGCAAGACAUGGCGUGCGACACCUUCAUCAAGAUCGCCCAGAAGUGCCGGCGACACUUUGUCCAGGUGCAGGUGGGCGAGGUGAUGCCCUUCAUCGACGAGAUCCUCAACAACAUCAACACCAUCAUCUGUGACCUCCAGCCCCAGCAGGUGCACACGUUCUACGAGGCGGUGGGCUACAUGAUCGGAGCGCAGACGGACCAGGCCGUGCAGGAGCACCUGAUAGAGAAGUACAUGCUGCUCCCCAACCAGGUGUGGGACAGCAUCAUCCAGCAGGCCACCAAGAACGUGGACAUCCUGAAGGACCCAGAGACCGUGAAGCAGCUGGGCAGCAUCCUGAAGACCAACGUGCGGGCCUGCAAGGCCGUGGGCCACCCCUUCGUCAUCCAGCUGGGGCGCAUCUACCUGGACAUGCUCAACGUCUACAAGUGCCUGAGCGAGAACAUCUCUGCUGCCAUCCAGACCAAUGGUGAGAUGGUGACUAAGCAGCCUCUGAUCAGGAGCAUGAGGACAGUGAAGCGGGAGACGCUAAAGCUAAUUUCUGGCUGGGUCAGCCGCUCCAACGACCCACAGAUGGUGGGGGAGAACUUUGUUCCUCCACUUCUGGAUGCCGUGCUUAUCGAUUACCAGCGGAAUGUUCCGGCUGCCAGGGAACCUGAGGUGCUCAGCACCAUGGCAACCAUCGUAAACAAACUUGGCGGGCACAUCACCACGGAAAUCCCACAGAUUUUUGAUGCCGUCUUCGAGUGCACUCUGAACAUGAUCAACAAGGACUUUGAGGAAUACCCCGAGCACAGGACGCACUUCUUCUACCUGCUCCAGGCAGUGAAUUCCCACUGCUUCCCAGCAUUCCUGGCCAUCCCGCCAGCCCAGUUCAAGCUGGUGCUGGACUCCAUCAUCUGGGCCUUCAAGCACACCAUGAGGAAUGUGGCCGACACGGGUCUGCAGAUCCUCUACACGCUCCUGCAGAACGUGGCGCAGGAAGAGGCCGCGGCGCAGAGCUUCUACCAGACCUACUUCUGUGACAUCCUGCAGCACAUCUUCUCCGUUGUCACGGAUACGUCGCAUACUGCCGGUCUGACGAUGCAUGCCUCCAUCCUGGCGUACAUGUUCAACCUGGUGGAGGAGGGCAAGAUCAACACCGCCCUCAAUCCCUCCAGCCCAGUCAACAACCAGGGCUUCAUCCAGGAGUAUGUGGCCAACCUGCUCAAGACGGCCUUCCCCCACCUGCAGGAUGCCCAAGUCAAGGUGUUUGUAACAGGCCUCUUCAGCUUAAACCAGGACAUCCCAGCCUUCAAGGAACACCUGAGGGACUUCCUGGUGCAGAUUAAGGAGUUUGCAGGCGAGGACACCACAGACCUGUUCCUGGAGGAGCGGGAGGCGUCGCUCAGACAGGCCCAGGAGGAGAAGCACAAGCUUCAGAUGUCUGUGCCCGGCAUCCUCAACCCCCACGAGAUCCCCGAGGAGAUGUGUGACUGAGCUCUCUCUCACUCUCACACACACACACACACACACACACACACACACACAUGCACAAACGAAUCAGUCUCACCCACACUCAAACACACACUCACACUCACACUCACACACCUACAACUGUACAUAAGGACACAAAUGAUAAACUAGAAUACACACCACCGAGAGCCGAGUGCGGAGGUGGCACACCUUCCCUGGGCAGUGUGUGUGUGUGUGUGUGUGUGUGUGUGUGUGUGUGUGUGUGUGUGUAUAUGUAUGUAUGUAUGUAUGUAUGUGUGUGUGUACAUGCUCUUGGAAGGUUGCGUGCGUGCACACGCGUGUGUGUGUGUGUGUGUGUGUGUGGUUAGCCUGUCUUGCGGAGAGGUGAGGUUAGCACUCUGGUGGUUGUCGACCAAAACAAUGCCAAUAUGUAAAUGCUAGUCACCCAGUGGCCCUUUUUACAUAGUAUGCGUUUUAUAUGGAGACCUCUGUGUAAUAUCUUUGCAUUGUUCAUUCAAGCAUACAGUUGGACAUACCUUAUCUAUGAGCUGCAUGAGGUUGUAAGAUUUAGACAUUUUAAACUUUUGGUUUUGUUUGGAUUUGUUUGCCCUAACAACUCACUGCCCCCUCCCUUAUUUGUAUUUGUUAUAUAUAUAUAUAUGAGAGGCAGCAGGACAUCCCUUGUUUUCGUUUUCGUUUUGUUUUGUUUUCUUUCUUUUGUGCAAAGGUGUGUGUCUCCAGUCAUCUGCAGAAUUCCUCCAAGUCCCCCAUGAUGUUGCCGACAGGAAGUGAUGUCAGUAUUUAGGAGGGAGUGAGCCUAAACUCUGUCCCGUGGCCCUCUGUAGCUGCCGGUGACGAGAGAAUGUGAUUAUGAAUGAAGGUCUGGAAGAUGCUGCUUUUUCUUCCCUCUCCCCUCUUCUCGUCUCCGUGGUCUUCCUCCUCUUUAGUGGUGUCAGGGUCGUGUUUGUUACGCGCUUUCUCUAGGCACUUCUUUGCUGAGGUUGGAGGAGUGUUUCGAUUAUGUGCAUAUCAUCCCAAUUGUAUAGCAUCGGUCAUACCAUGGGAACAUAAGGUUAUUGUCCUUUUUUUUUCUUCUUUUUUUUUUUCUUUGGUAGGUGUGUGCGUGUGUGCUGUCGCUUUGCCGACAUCAAGUUUCUGUUCUCCUCAAUGAGGAUUGUUGCUCAUUUGUGAGCCUUCAUUAAAUCGAAGUAUAAGAAAGUGGUUCAGAAAUAUUUAUGGGUUAAUGUAGGUUACCUCUUUAUAACAACUCAUGUUAACUCAGCUUUUUUCAGAAUGAAUUGUACUAAUUUUCAUUGUUUACCAUGCGGUAGUGCUUCAAGACACUACUUAGAGCAAAAUAAAACUCGGUUUACAUUUAAUUUUGUAUUUUUGCAUUUUCGUUUUUAUCUUUAAAUUGUUCAAAUUAAAAAUUGCUUUUAUCCAGAGAGGAAAAAAUGUAAUUGCCAACAAUCUAAUUAGGCAAGGAAUGUAUAAAUCAAACACCAAUGGCUAGUGGCAGUCAGUCCCCUUCUCUAAGUGUUACAUUUGUUGUGAGACUUUUUGAACUGAUUAAAGUUGAAAGAAUUUUAUAA